AUGACGCUCGAUCUGCAUUUUACUCAAAUUGAAAUUCUCUUCGUAGAACUAACGUCGGUGGAGCACCAGAAAGCUUGGCAGGCAGGUUUUGGACGCACUCUGUUGAACGAGCUUGCCAGGGGAGAACAAAGCUUGAUGCAAAAAGGCGACUUACAUGGUGAAGAUGGCAGUACUUCGGCAAUAGUCGCAACCAGGAAGAAAACUCGUAAUAUUCGACAAAGACAAAGAGGCAGUUCACAAUCGAGCAAUGAAGAGGAGACACCUUCCACGAUUACAGAAAAAACUACAACAAAAGUCAAGAAAUCGAUCUACUCAGAUGAUGACGAUGAUGCACAACCUAAGUUCAUCCCACCGAAAAAGAAUUUUCCCGGAGAACUGAAACCAGGACUGAAUAGGGUAGGUUUACCUGUCCACUUCUCUAUUUAUAUCUAA